CACUCGUUUGCCGUUUGCCAUUCGCAUAAGUUGCAUGCUGGGCUCUCGCCUCUGCCUCGCCUGCCUUUCGCUGUUUGCCUUCUCCUCAUUGUUAUUUUAUUUUCGGUUCGCGCGGUUGUGCAUAUUUUAACAUUUUACAAUAGUAGCGGCAACAAAACCAAAAACAGCUACAAAACAACAAAACAACAAAACAAUAAAGCAACUAUUCUAACAACAACUUGACCACACACACACUCAGUUGGUCAGUCUGUGGACGUGACUACAGCUGCAUACAGAACAUCAAAAUAAAUAUUUGAAAUUACCAAGUGUUCAUGCAACUUGUUUUUUGGGCUUAAAGUCCUGAUUGAAAGCCAAAAAAGAGAGCUCCAUGGCAACCGAUUUACAAAUGAAUCGAGCUGCCAAUUUGGCUGCCAGAUUGGUAAUCGCAUUUCUCCGACCUGAUUUGCUGUGGAAUUUACAACUCAGAGAUGUCUCUUUGCUUUGUGCUGAGUUCGCAAUACGUUUUCUAUAAAUUGAAACAAAGACGAUUUCGGAUAAGGCACGCGCCUUCAAAUACCUGUUAACGUUCGCUGCCCAUCGCUGACCCAACCCCAACCCCAAUACUAGCACACACUACCCCACUUAUACACACACACACACACACACACACGCACACACAAAUAGCCCAUCGGCAACACAAUGGGCAAGAAGAACUCCAAAUUGAAGCAGGACACCAUUGAUCGUCUGACAACAGACACAUACUUUACCGAGAAGGAGAUACGGCAAUGGCACAAAGGUUUUCUCAAAGACUGCCCGAAUGGCUUGCUGACUGAACAAGGAUUCAUCAAAAUUUAUAAACAAUUCUUUCCGGAUGGGGAUCCCAGUAAAUUUGCCUCAUUGGUGUUUCGGGUAUUCGAUGAAAAUAAUGAUGGAGCUAUUGAAUUCGAGGAAUUCAUUCGUGCGCUUUCCAUAACAUCACGCGGAAAUCUGGAUGAGAAAUUACAUUGGGCCUUCCGUCUGUACGAUGUCGAUAAUGAUGGCUACAUAACACGGGAGGAAAUGUACAACAUUGUUGAUGCCAUAUAUCAGAUGGUGGGUCAGCAACCGCAAACGGAGGAUGAGAACACACCGCAGAAGCGAGUGGAUAAGAUAUUCGAUCAGAUGGAUAAGAAUCACGAUGAUCGUCUCACCCUAGAAGAAUUCCGCGAAGGUAGUAAAGCUGAUCCACGUAUAGUUCAGGCGUUAAGUUUAGGUGGUGAUUAACCGCAAGAUAAAUAGUUGCGCUGAAUUUCAAGAUUGUCAAAAAAAAAGAGAGAUGGAACUAUGCCCCGAAGCAGAGUCAACGAAUUCGUGCACAAUAAAAUACAACAAAAAAUAUAUGGUUUGAUAUCUAUUGACUAAAUCAAUUUGCAAGAAGUUUUUACCUCCCACACACAGAUACACAAAUACACACACAUACACAUACAUAAACACAAACAUAAACAUACAUACGUAAUAUACAUUUGCCAUUUGCCUGGCGGCAGCUUGUUAGCCCCAAAGCCGCGGCCAAUAAAAUAUAAAAAAUAUAUUAAAAUCCACAAAUUGAAGCCAGCAAACUUAGAAUGCAAAAAUAAAUAAAACAAAAAUAGAGCAAAACAACAAAAACCAAAAAAUGAAAAAAUGAAAAAAAAAACAGAAAACAAACCCUGAAAAUUGAAAAUGAAUUCGAUUUGAGUGAAACUCCAACUAAUUGCAAAUUAUAAUAACAUGUUACGAUAAAGCGAAAGUAAUUAUUAUACAUACAUAUACAUAUACAUAUACAUAUACAUAUACAUCUACAUAUACAUAUAUAUUUAAAUAUUGAAAGCCGCUAAGGAAUGUUAUGCAGAAUUUGUAAUCAUAAAACACCAAUUUAAAUAAUUGAAAACGCUUUUUUAAAAUUACUUAUACAUACAACAACUAAUACAUACAUUGUUAAAAUAAAUAUAUACAUAUACACACACAUAUACAUAUGCUAGUUAAAAGCAACCCAUAAAUAAGUAUACAAAAUGUUCGUAUAUGUAUAUGUGUAUCCCAUACAUACAUAUAUAUAUACAUAAAUAUUAGGCAUUUGUUCUACAUAUUAUGAGGGCAUUUUUAUUGAAAUGCUUGCAAAAAAACGAUAAUGCUAAAACUAAAAUGAACGAAUUAACUGAACGAAAAGUCGAAGAGAUAUCUCAAAAACCACCCACGCAAAAUAAAUUUUAACAAAUUUAUAGUUGGAUUUUUUUUUUGUGAAACAAAUUACUUAUACUAAAUAAAAUUGAAAUAUUGUAGUCAAGAAUUGCCGCAAAGAGCAAUACUUAAGCAUUAAAAUAUUUAUAUGUAUAUAUAAAAUUAUAUAUAUAUAUAUAUAUAUAUGUAUGCUAUAGCUGUUAAUAGAAAAGGCAAAAAAAAAUAAUAAUAACAAUAUUUAUAUACACACUUGCUACAGAGAAAAAUAAAGUGUAAAUUCUAAAUCGCGAAAUGUAGUAGAUGCUUUCUCAUCUCUCGACUCUUUUGCCUUUUUGCUGAGCUCGGUGACAGCAAUAACUGUUGAUAAUCGAAUCGAAUGAAUUGUUACAAAUUUAAUUUGCUAAUGUACAACAUAUUCAACAAAUUCGGUUUUCUCCAAUUUGCAACUUUCUGAAUUUUAAAUGUGGACACUACUACUAGCAUAUAUACUAUAAACUAUUUACUAUAUAUUCAAUGCAACAAGUUCUUAUGUCGUAUGCAAAAUAAACUAUCUUCCAAUGUAGCACGUUUAUGAGAACGAUCCCCGAGAUUGUGUGUGUGUGUGUGUGUGUAAUAAUUUUGUUUACAAAUUAGCUUAGCUUCAAUGCGCAGACAAUCAAUCUGUCACUGAACUAUCAAAUAUGCUACGCAAAUAUCGUUCAAAUAAUAUACUUUUUUUUUUGGUUUUUUCUUAGAUAUUAUCUCAAAAUAACGCUGCAUAUCUGACGCAAGAAUAUUUAUUUAUAUUCAAGAAAAUUUAUAUCAUUUAGCUAUUACAACAAAAUUUACAUGCACACAAUCCGCUCAUGAACUGGCUAAGCCUUCUGUUACUUGGAGCGAUGAUGGAAUGUCUUAGAUGUUGCUACUCUAUUGAAAUGUUAUUUCAAAAACCAAAAAAAUUUAUAUAUAUACAAACUUACUAUAAAUAUACCCAGUUUAUAUACUAUAUUUCUGCAUGCCUUACUAAGUGAUAUAAUAUUUUGCUAUUUAUUUUAUUAAAGCAUUCUUUACUACAAUUUGAGCUUGAAAAUUUGCAAACAAAAAAAAAAAAACUAAUUUUAUAUAAAUGAUACUUACAUUUUACAAUGCACUUGUAAUUAAGAAAUCUUUUAUAACUGAGCCUUGCAAAACUAUCACAACUUCUCACAACACACAUACACAUACACACACACACACACACACACAUAAACAUACAUCUACACUGACUCCUCUAUUUCUUUCUCUCUCUUUCGCUCUCUGGAAAUUAUUUGAUAAACAUAAACGCUAUCUCCCUCUAUAUACAUCCUUUAAUUGCUACAAGCGUAACCAUCUCGAAUCAUUUAAUCUUCUUCUGCUUACGUAUACUUUCCUCUCUACAACAAUCUUCUAUCAUCAUGUUUAAUUAAUUUCUAUUUUAUAUGUGGUUCAGCUUUAUUAAAACAUUCUUCAACUCAACAAUAAAAAAAAAAAACAACAAUAAAAAUCGAUUUUAAAAACAAAUCUUAACUAUUAGAAAACACUAUCUACGCAAGUAUUUACAUACUAUAAUAAAAAAAGAAAUGUUAUCAAUGACAUUUUAUUUAAAUCUCAACAAAAUUCAAACCUAUAAAUAAUUCUUACAAAAUAAAGAUCAAAGGAAGGCAAUUUCCACUCAAAUAUACUCAACAACAAUAUUAAUGAAGUUCCACAAUGUACAAAAUUAUUAUUUUUUUUUUAAUUAAUCAUCAUUUUACGGUUUAAAGAAAUGUGACAAAAAUAUCAUAAGAAAACAACUCAUAUUUCUAUGCAAUAUACAUAAGUGAAUCUUGCACAUUUGUGUGGAGUUUGUCCGAAUAGAUAAAUAUAAAUAUUGAAGUUCAAACACUUAAAACCCGUGGGUUUUAUUCACAAAUCUAGGCAAUGAAGUUUUCAUUUAAUGAAUUAAUUUAAUUUGUUUGACAUAAGCAUCGAUAUGUAUAACGCGAAAAAUAAACCCAUGUUAAUAAUUUUAAUAACUUUAUUAGAUUCACAUAAGAAAACAGUUUUUGUUAAAUAUUGCAAGUUCUUUUUACUUUUUUACAAAUUUUUAAAAAAACAUAUCCUUCAUAUCGUUAUUUUUUCAUUAGUUUUUAUUUGUAUUGUAGCUUGCAGCAACUUUUAUAGAUCAAAUUUAGAUAUCGGUAAUCAAAUUUUGGGUACUUUAUUUUGCAUGAUUUUGUCUUUCACACACAUUUUAAUUAUAUUUUGUACUCACAGUUGUAUUUGACCAACUAGAUUCUUCAGUAGAAGCAAUUUUUCAAGUGCAGCAGAAAAAGAAGUUUAUUUUUUUGUUUUAAUCGUAAUGGAACAUUGAACACUUUACUGAAAUGUAACAGCAGACGAAUUCUCCAAAUAAAGUUUAUUUAUGGAAUAUUCUUCUGUUUUCUAAUGGUAUUUUAAUUUUUACUAAGACAAUUUUUAGAAAAUCCAUGAAAUAUUAAUUAAUAAAUUUAUUAUGCAAUAAUUAAUCUAAUAACAAAUAUGGCAAACGUGUCAUAAAUUAACGAAAUACUUCUUAAAUAAUAAACAAGACGUUUGGUAUUACUAGAAACUGCAGCAAUAUUAAGCUAAUUUAUUAUAUUUAUUCAUGUUCAGGUUUCUGAUAGAAAAAAUGAAAACACACAUGUUAUUGUAACAUAAGCAAUAUAUACUAUUAGCUUAUAAUUGUAUAAUUAUGCAUCAUAAACGCCAAAUUAUAUAUAGAUUACGUAUUCAUAUUGCUGUAAUAUUUUACUCAAUUUGCAAUGUUUUUUUGUUAUCGAAGAAUUACGCACAACAUGUUUGCAUGCCUUUUCAACCUCACCGAAAUUCAUAAGCAAAUAUAAAAAAAAUAUUAAAGAAAACGACAAAAAAAAAAAUACAU